GACAUAUCUUUGAAUUCUUUCAGUAAUCACUGUAUUGCUAUUUACCAACUUUUCCUGAAUUUGAAGCUUCGCCUACACUUCCAGGAAAGACAAGGACAAGAAUUUUGAAAAAUGACUGAAAGUCCUCUACUGAACGUUCCCUUCUCAAACCAAAGUGAAAACAAGAGCAACUUAACUAGCUGCCCAGACUUGAAUGACUGGUGGGAAAUUGUUUACUACUUAGUACCCAAGUACAUCAGCGCCAUCUGUAUUAUCGGAAUGCUUGGAAAUUUGCUCGUUCUUGUCAUUUACUCACUGUACAAGGGCCCCCUGAAGACAGCUGAAAUCUACCUUAUGAACCUAGCUGUUGCUGACUUUAUCUUCCUCACGUGCCUCCCUUUCUGGGCAGAGAAUGUCAGGAACAAGUUUAACUGGCCAUUUGGCAAUUUCCUUUGUCGUAUCACCAGUGCAUCAGUUCACCUAAACUUGUAUACCAGCAUUUACUUGCUAGUGGCAGUCAGCAUGGAUCGCUAUUUGACUUUUGUUCAUACCUUGACACACGGAAGGAUACGGAACAAAACCAUGGCCAAAGGGAUAUGCUUGCUCACCUGGUUCUUUGGAAUCCUUGUCAGCAUCCCAAUUUUUACAUUUCGGACUGUGAAACACUUUCCCCAGUGGAAUAUCUCAGCAUGUAUUUUAGACUUCCCCGACCCGUUGUGGGCAACAGCCGAGCGCCUGGUAUUCAGCAUACUGGGGUUUGCAUUGCCAUCUAUAGCAAUCGUCUUCUUCAAUUUCUCUACUAUUCGCUCCCUACAAGAACACACAAGGGAACGAAUUGCACUCAGGACACAGUGUUGCAAGAACGACAAAGACACGAAGGCCACCAGGCUGAUCUUCUUAGUGGUGCUGAUGUUUCUUUUGUGCUGGACUCCAUACCAUCUCUUUACAUUCCUUGAUAUAUUAUUCCAGAUGGAAGUGGUCAAAGGCUGUUUCUGGGAAGAACUGCUCAACUUUGGUGGGCAGUUUAGUUCUACUCUGGCUAUCACCAACAGUUGCGUCAACCCUAUAAUUUAUGUCUUUGCUGGGAAAUAUUUCAGACAAAAGGCCUCAGAAGUUUUUUCACAGUUUUUCCCCUGUGGUUUUUUUUUGAGCUGGGUAUCACUCAAAGAGAAGUCUUCAGAUUUCAACAUGUUUCCAGCCAAAACUAGUAUAAAAUAAUGAUUUUCAGUUCCAUCUUCAUUUUUAUAAUUCAACUUAUUUCAAAUGGCAUUAAAAGUGAACAUGAAUUGCACUGAUCUAGUAUUCACGGACUAAGUUAAUUAUUUAUUAAAGUAAAUCACUUCACUGAUUAUUUGCCCCAAGUCUGCUUUUCCUUUUCUGUGUUACCCAUCCAAAUGCAUAACAUGUGAUACCAGAAUUUUAUACCAAAUGAUCUAACCUGUUUCAUUAAUUACCAGUGACUGGAAAGAAAAGCUCUUUGACAGUGUAUGAGAAGUCUGAUUUCUUUACAGAACACUAUACAUUGAAAAAUUUACUACGUUGUAUCUAUGGUGACAACUAUUAUACCACCAAUAACACUAUGCAAAAUAUUAUGUGUAUUACACAGCAAAUAUGAGCUUAAUCUCCAGCUGACAACUGCAAUGAUAGAACAGCUCCCAUUAUUUUUAACAGUAUUUUAAAUGGUUUGUAUUUUCAAUGUAGCAUAUAGAAAAUUUGAAGAACCGUUUGUUCAUUUCAAAUGUAUAUGGUGCAUAAAUAUUGUAUAAGACACUGUACCACAAAGGAAGAAGUGUACAUGAGUUGUAAUAAAAAGCAAAACAACAUGG